AUGAAUAACGAAAAGCCCCAAGAUCUUCACGUCGAACAAGUCGCCGACGAUGAGUCCCCCCCGGAAGGUGUAAUUGAUCGAAAGGCGGAGCGAAAACUCUUGCUCAAAUUAGACGCCGUCAUCCUUCCGUUGACGGUUCUCAUGUAUUUAAGUGCCAAUCUUGAUCGAGGUAACAUCGGAAAUGCCCGACUCCAAGGACUGCAGAAAGAGCUGCUUGACAACGACGAUAAGAAAUACUCGGUCGUAUUGUUAUCAUUUUACGUCACGUAUAUGUUGGGCAGUAUUCCUGGCACUUUGCUGAGUAAGGCUAUUCCACCGAAUUGGGCUUUAGGAGCGGGAUGUCUUGUCUGGGGUAUUGCCGCAUCCUGUAUGGCGGGAUGCCAAAAUUAUGCUAGCAUUAUUGUCUGCCGUCUUUUUAUCGGAAUAGGGGAAUCGAUAUUUGGACAAGCUGUCGUACUUCAUUACAGUCUUUGGUACAAGAAGAAUGAGAUUGCUACUCGGUUGGCUGCGUUCAUAGGUGCAGGUGUGCUCGCAGGCGCGUUUGGUGGCUUGAUUGCGUAUGGGGUCUCUCAUAUCAAGUCACACAUAGCCACAUGGCGUAUCCUUUUCCUGAUCGAAGGUUGCCCUUCUGUUCUUCUGGGUAUCUGUGUUGCUCUAUUCUUACCGGGUAGACCUGAUCGAUCAAGUUUCCUCACUGAGGCAGAAAGGGAAUUAGAGUUUUUGAGGCUGCGCUCCCAGAAUCUAGAUGAAGCCGACAACGGAAUUGACUGGAAUGGGGUCAAGAGGGCUUUCACAGACUGGAAGAGCUAUGUCAUCACGUUUAUCUACAGCUGUAUGCAGCUCACUCUUUCGUCCUUGAGCGGAUUCUUCCCCACGAUCGUCGCGUCGCUUGGCUAUACGAAUGCCAAUGCUCAACUGUACACUGUACCCCCAUAUGCUGUCGGUUUUGUCUUUAUGAUACUUGUCAACCAUUUCUCCGAUCGGGUGCGAAUGAGAGGGCCUUUCAUCAUUUUGGUAUUCUCCAUCAACUUACUUGGAUGGCUACUUUUAUUGGUUGUCAUUCACAACAAUCAUCUAAGAUACUUCGCAUGCUUCUGUGUCGUCAUUGGAGGGUACUGCACGAUCCCUCUUAUCCAAUCUUGGGUUUCGAAUAAUACUGGCUCGCAAAGUCAACGAGCUGUGCAUCUCGGCUUCUUGAAUAGUUUCGCGAAUUGGGCAGCCCAGAAACCAUAUUGGCACACCGGAUUUGGUUUGAAUCUCGGCUUCAGUUGUGCGGCAAUUAUUACCACAUCCGCGAUGAUCAUCUACUAUCGCAGGGAGAAUGCGAGACGUGAUCGUGUGGAGGGGAAGCCAGACCCUAGAAUGAAAGUGGAUCAGGCGUCUUAUCAUGAUCUUGCCCCUGGUUUCAGAUACACGAUCUGA